AUGUCGUCGGUCAGGUCUCGCAGGCGUCGUCGCAUCGAAUCCGACGAGGAUACCGACGAGGAUAACAUCCACACACCUGAGCCCCCGAAGCGAGCGCGACGAUCGCUGCUGCCGCAACAUGAAACUAACGGCGGCCCAAGCCGCUCAAAUGGCGCCUCGAACAAUGUCGACAUGGGGGACUUCCAGCCUGGCUCUAUUGUGCGUGUUACUGUGAAGAAUUUUGUAACAUACGAGAAGGCAGAGUUCUUUCCCGGCCCAUACCUGAAUAUGGUCAUUGGCCCUAACGGGACUGGCAAGAGUUCGCUCGUCUGCGCCAUCUGCCUGGGACUAGGUUACAGUCCCAAGCAUCUGGGUCGUGCCGGAUCAAUCAAAGAAUUUGUUAAGCACGGCAGAGAAAAGGCAUCCAUUGAGAUCGAGUUGCAAAAGAGACCAAACGACCGCUACAACUUCAUCGUCCGAGUCGAGAUUCGUCGAGAUCAAAAUACCCAAAAAUGGUGGCUUAACGACAAGGAGACAACACACAAGAAGAUUCAGGAUCUGAUGAAAUCACUGAAGAUUCAGGUCGACAAUCUCUGCCAGUUCCUGCCCCAAGAUCGAGUGGUCGAGUUUGCCGCUUCGACUCCCGUGGAACUACUGCACGAGACAAUCCGCGCCGCAGCACCGGAAGAAGUGCUCCUCUGGCAAAGUAAACUUCGGGAAUUAUUCAAGGAAAAGAAGGAACUUUUGGAAAACAGCCAGACCGACGCAAGCACACUCGAUAAUCUCGAGACCCGCCAGCAAGGGCUGCAAGCUGACGUUGACCGGCUUCGAGAACGUGACGAGAUUAUAAAACGACUGGAAGAUCUGAAGUUGGUGAAAGUGAUUGCCAGAUACGAAGAAGCGCGCAACAAAUAUAUGGCGGCUAAGGAGAAGAAGAAGAAUGCUCAAGAAUCCCUAAAGCGACUCGAGACUGAGAGCGGGCCUUCGCUGCAGGCUGUAAACAGAAAGGAGGCAUAUCUACAAAAGGUCGAUUCCGCGUUGGCAGCCAAAAAAAGAGCUCUCGAACAGUGCCACGACUUGUCAGAUGCACUCGAUCAAAAAGUCAAGGACGAGCAGGGCGCGAUUGUUGCGUUCGAUAACAAGAUGGCUGCGGAGCGAAAACUGUUCGAUGCAAGGAAAAAGGAGGUGGCCGCUGCACGAGCCAGACUUACAUCGCUGCAGGCCGACCUGAAGAAUCGUCCAGGCGAGUUCAACGCAGGCGAGUGGAACCAGAAGAUCCGCGCCGAGGAACAUAACCUGCGCGAGCUAGAGGCCAAGGACCGCGAGCUUGCUUCAGAGUUGACGAAUGUCAAAGAUCAGGGUCGAAACCCAAAACGAAGGAAGGACAUAUUAACCGCCUCAUUGGCAUCACUCGACACGCAGCAAGGCCAGCAAUUGAAUUUGAUGAAGAAAAACUUUCCUGAAGUAGCACGAGCCUGGGAAUGGGUACAAGAGCACAUGGACGAGUUUGAAAAGGAGGUGUUCGGCCCGCCAAUGAUAAGCUGCUCAAUCGCAGAUGAUCGUUAUUCAUUCCAGGUCCAGUCUCUAUUGCAGAUGGAUGACUUUGCGUGUUUCACAGUCCAGACACGCAACGACUUUAAGAAGCUGUCGGACCAGCUUUACCGUGUCAUGAGUCUCUCGGUUGUCAUCCGUUCAAGCGUCCACUCACUCGAAAACUUCCAGCCUCCAAUGUCGCGGAAGGAAGCCGUUAAGCUUGGCCUCGAUGGCUUCGCUGUUGAUUAUCUGGAGGGACCUGCCCCUGUGAUUGCUAUGCUUUGCUCAGAAAAGAGAAUUCAUCAGUCUGGUGUAGGUCUGUCGGAACACGACAAUGCCCAAUAUACCAGGCUGGCAAACAGUGGCAGCAUUACGCAGUGGGCUGCUGGCAGGCAUUUGUUUAGCCUUCGUCGGCGUAAGGAAUACGGCGGCAAGGCGAUGACUGCUAUUAGCAAGUUUAUCAAUCCCGGUCGAUUUUGGACUUCACAGACUGUCGAUGUCCAAGAAAAGGCCGAACUGACGCGUCAACUCCAGGAGGUUGAAGCGGAAUUUGAGGUUCUCAAAGACAAAAGAAAUGAAAUUCUGCAAAAGCAGAGAGCCCAACACGGGAUGAGAGAUGCCAUAAGCGCCAAAAUUAACGACCUGAGGAGUGAAAAGAGUGCUCUACAAAAGGAGUAUCAAAAGUGGCAAUCACUGCCGGAGAAAAUUGAGGCCGAGGAGCGCCGAAGGGAAGAAAGUGCGCAAAUGAUGGAGGUCAUCCGAAACCGUAUGUACGCGGCGCAAUACGAAUUGGAUAAGAUUGUGGUAGCCAAGUACAAGGCCACAAUGCGACACGCUGCUUCUCUGGAAAACAUGAGGAAGGCACAUGAAGAGUACAUCGAGACCACAAUCUGCUUCAUUGAAGCCACUUCAGAUGUCAACAGCCUCAAAAAGCGCAACACUGAGAUUGUCAAGCGACUUGAGACGGAAAAGGAAAAGUUGGAAGACGCUACGCGUAUCGCCGAGCAGGCACGAGCCGUAGGGAGGAACAUGUCUGACAUGGUCAAGGAUCUACUCCUCGACCACGAAGAUCGCCGUGAGUAUCUCAAGAGCCUGGCUGAAGGCAAGACGGAGCACGAUGUCGAAGUGGAAAUGGAAGCGGAGAAGGCGCAGCUUGAGCUCAUCCACGCGUCCAAUCCCAAUAUCCUGCGAGAGUUUGAGAAGCGCGCGCAAGAUAUCGAACGACUCCGACACCAGAUGGACGGCGUCAACGCCAGGGUCGCGGAGCUGACGACCGCCCAGGAGUCGCUCAUGAACAAGUUUGAGCCGAAGCUGGAUGAGUUGACUGCGCAGAUUAACAGUGCAUUUGCGUACAACUUUGAGCAAAUCAGCUGCUCGGGCGAAGUGCGCGUCCACAAAGAUGAGGACUUUGAGCAGUGGGCUUUGAACAUCAUGGUUCGCUUCCGCGAAACCGAAACCCUGCAGCUGCUCGACAAGCACCGACAGUCUGGCGGCGAGCGCGCCGUGUCGACCAUUUUCUUCCUCAUGGCGCUGCAGUCGCUUGCGCAGUCGCCGUUUCGCGUCGUCGACGAGAUCAACCAGGGCAUGGACCCGCGCAACGAGCGCAUGGUGCACGAGCGCAUGGUGGAGAUUGCGUGCCGCGAGCACACGAGCCAGUACUUUCUCAUCACGCCCAAGCUGCUCCCGGGACUGGCGUACCACCCAAAGAUGCGCGUGCUGUGCAUCGCAAGCGGCGAGUUUAUGCCCCGCGACGGCGGCAAGCUCGACUUUAACCGGUGCCUGGCCGUUAUGCGCGGCAUGGCUAUGGCGGGAGCUUAG